GCGUCAGGUAGCAUGCAUUGAAAUAUAUAUAUACGCAUAUACAAACACAAGUACAUAUAAAACGAACAAAGUUUCUCAAAAAAAGGUUCCCUUGUCGUCAUGGACUCUUCCUUGCUCCCACGCCAUAUCUUUCUUCAUAUCCUUACCAACUCAAGCAUACACCGAUCAUUUGCGGCUCCACAUAGCUUGGGAUUCGGACAUUAUAAGCAGAAAUGGUUGAAUCCCAGUUGCUGGGCAAUCGGGGUGACUCGAAAUAAAGCAGGCAACCUGUUUGAUGAUCAGAUUGAUAAUGGGUCUUUGCUUGGGUCUUCAGUGCCGUUUGGGACUCUGAAAGCUGAAAUCACCCCUGAAACUAUUGAUUUCUUUGUUAGUGAUGCUGAAGGUGAUCCUGAUUGCCCAUCUGAAGGUUACUCGUCGAUUGACCAGGCACUUAAUACACUGCGCCAAGGAAAGUUUGUGAUUGUGGUAGAUGAUGAAACUGGGGAUGUUGAAGGCAACAUUAUGAUGGCAGCAUCACUUACAAGUCAAGAGGAUAUGGCCUUCAUGAUUAAGCAUGGCUCAGGGAUUGUUUCAGUAGGUAUGAAGGAGGAAGAUCUUGAAAGACUGGAGCUUCCUCUCAUGUCACCAGAAACUGAAGAUGAAGACUCUUCUGCUCCCACUUUCACAAUCACAGUGGAUGCUAAAGCGGGCACAUCUACUGGAGUUUCAGCCUCGGACAGGACAAAGACUGUGCUUGCUCUUUCGUCUCCUGAUUCUAAGCCGGGAGAUUUUCGAAGGCCAGGCCACGUCUUUCCUCUGAAAUACCGAAAUGGUGGUGUUCUCAGGAGGGCAGGUCACACUGAGGCUUCUGUUGAUCUGGUUGCUCUAGCUGGCCUACGACCGAUGUCUGUUCUUUCAGCUUUAGUUGACUCAGAAGAUGGCUCCAUGGCCUCUCUGGCCGAUUUAAGAAAGUUGGCCUUGGAAUAUAGCAUUCCCACGGUAUCCAUUACUGAUCUAAUCAGGUACAAGAGAAAAAGAGAAAAUCUGGUCGAAAGAACUGCAAUCUCGCGUCUGCCUACAAAGUGGGGUCUAUUCCAGGCUUAUUGCUACCGCUCAAAGUUAGAUGGAACAGAACACAUUGCUAUUGUUAAGGGAAACAUAGGAAAUGGGGAAGAAGUCCUCGUAAGAGUUCAUUCAGAAUGCUUAACUGGGGACAUAUUCGGAUCAGCGCGGUGUGACUGUGGCAACCAGUUGGAUUUAGCAAUGCAGCUGAUCGAACAAGCUGAUAGAGGAGUUGUGGUUUACCUAAGAGGCCAUGAAGGAAGAGGGAUCGGACUCGGUCACAAACUCCGGGCCUAUAAUCUGCAGGAUGAAGGUCAUGACACGGUGCAAGCCAAUAUAGAGCUCGGUUUAGCAGUUGAUGCGAGGGAAUAUGGUAUUGGUGCUCAGAUUCUGAGGGACAUAGGAGUUAGGACUAUGCAGCUAAUGACCAACAACCCUGCAAAGUUCACAGGCCUCAAGGGGUAUGGGUUGGCUGUGGUUGGAAGAGUGCCUGUAUUGACACCGAUUACAGAGGAGAACAAGAAGUACUUGGAAACAAAGCGCACCAAGAUGGGUCAUAUUUAUGGCUCUGAUAUACAAGGGCCAUUAGCUUCAUUUUUCAAAAAUGACCAAACGGAUACCCAAAGUUGAAUUUUGAAACGAUUCACACUCCCUUUACAAUUAGAUUAAGGGAAUUCUUUGUGUAUUACACUAACUUUUUUUUGGAUUCUUAUUAUGUUCAUAGUUAUCUGUUUUAUAUUUUCAUUUUGUCAUACUACCAUCAGUGGCCUUGCCAAAAGAUAUUAACUACAGCUCAAUUUUGUCAUGAUAAGGCAAUUAUUAUCGUAGUGAUAAUUUAUUAUCACUAUGAUAGUUUAAUUGUUUGAUUUGAAUGUAAUCGUUAUAAUAAAUCACUUAUAUCCA